AUGGCCAAGAUACUUGCCCUCCCUAUUGAGUUGCGCAUCUCCAUUUUGCAAGAGCUAUCCGAUAUCCGGGAUCUUUCCGCGGCAGUUUCGAGCCACCGUCUGCUGGCCGAGGCGCUGCGCGAAUCCCCUACUAUUGUUGGCCGUGUCCUAGGAAACGAAAUUGAUCCUCGACUUUUGCCGGUCGCAGUGACGAUAUGGCAAAUGCGGACACUUAGAAAAAAUACUAAAGUUCAUGACGAAGAAGCCUCGUGGUCCGUCCUUGACGAAUGCCAAAGAACCUCUCCCCAAGAAGCAUGGGAAUAUCUGACCACUGUUGAUUUGGCCGAGGCGCACAAAUACUUCCACCAACUACAUCGCGCUAUUGACUAUUUUACGACCGACUUUAUAUCUACGGCCCUUGACUUCCUGGCUAUUGAAGGAGUGCUAGACCACUCUCCACCCGCACCGUCACCUACUGUGGUCUACCGUGUCCAACGUGCUUUCUAUUUCUUUGAAUUUUUCUGCUGUCUCUGGGAUGACGGUCCGUAUAUCGUGGAUUAUGAUCGUCACUGGUCAAUGCCGUUAUAUAUUGGAUUUCACCCUUGGAUAAACGAGCAGCUCGCCUCGGUGUAUGAGUAUUUGUUGAGACAACACUCCCUCGCUUUCAAUGACGUAUAUCGCAUCCCCUUGGGUACCGGGAAGACGGCCGAUUUGGAGCUACCAGACAAUAAAAAUACAGAAAAAGCAUUUCUGGUCUCUCGCGGUAUAGAUUACGUCUACAAGCUUACCAGAGCACCAACACGUGAAGCCCGGUCCCGACUACUGGCUGCCGAGACGAAGCCGGGAAGAAGAUUCUUUUUGCUUGAUGUCGCUAUUGAGGAUCUUAUCGACUCCUAUAUACACGAACGGCAUUCUGCUCGAACCCCCCAGUUUGGUGCAGCCUACAUGAGACAGCUGCAAGGCUUGACGCAAGACCCUGAUUAUUCGACUUAUGACCUCUUCCUACCAGAUCUAGGCAACUCCGGGCCGGCGGAAAUUUGGUGUCAGGCGCAUCUAUCCGAUGAUCAUGCCCAGUGGGGCUUGGAUUUCGUUCUGAGCAAGAACUUUGCUGAUGAACGGAGAGCGGGCUACGUGAUGUGGGACGCAUGUCGUAUACCGGAUUUCGAGAAUUUUAAGCGGAAAAAAGACGUCUCAAACAGAAAUUACCACUAG